GUAAGAUGAGAAACUGGCAUGAAUAGAGAAGAGAAAGGAGGUGACCAAGUGACAGAGGGAGGGAGAGAUGCAAGUUGCAUUGUGAGAACAUUUAGGCAGAGAAGAGAAUGUGAGAGUAAACGGGGAGCAAAUUUCUUUAAGAAAGAGAAACGCACAGGAUGAAGAACUGAGGUCAGCGGGACUUACAGAUGAAAGGAAAAGGCCGUAAGGAGUAAAGAGUGGCAUCUGGAGAAUCUAGGGCACUUACCAUUCUACCUUCAUUAGUGAGCAGCCUGUUCAUAGCAGAAUGGAUCGGUUAACUGCUGUCGUUGUCCGUGGCUUCAAAUGUCCUCUCCUAUGGCAAAGCGUGAGGCGGGGAGGACCAGCCCUGUGGUGCGUCAGAUAGACAAACAGUUUCUGGUCUGCAGCAUCUGUCUGGAUCACUACCACAACCCCAAGGUCCUUCCCUGUUUGCACACCUUCUGUGAAAGUUGUCUUCAGAACUACAUUCCCCCAGAGUCUCUCACACUCUCGUGUCCAGUGUGUCGACAGACGUCCAUUCUGCCGGAGAAAGGUGUUUGCGCUCUACAGAACAACUUCUUCAUCACUAAUCUCAUGGAGGUCCUUCAACGAGACCCAGAGUGCUCGCGGCCGGAGGCCUGCAGUGUCCUGGAGUCCGUCAACGCUGCGGCUGCAGGGAAACCCCUCUGCUGCCCAAACCAUGAGGGAAAGCCCAACAAGAGUGAAGGGGUUUGUCUCCCCCUGCAGGUGAUGGAGUUCUACUGCGAGUCCUGUGAGACAGCCAUGUGUCUGGACUGUACGGCAGGCGAGCACAGGGAGCAUGUGACUGUUCCUCUACGGGACGUCGUGGAACAGCACAAGGCUGCGCUCAAGACACAGCUGGAUGCUAUCAUGGGCAGGCUCCCUCAGCUAACAGCAUCCAUCGAGCUGGUGAGUGAGAUCUCCCGCCAGCUGAAUGAAAGGAAGAACGAGGCCGUGGCAGAGAUUACCAGUACGUUUGAAGAGCUGGAACGGGCGCUGCAUCAGCGCAAGACGGCCCUCAUCACAGACCUGGAGAACAUCUGCAGCACUAAACAGAAGGUCCUGCAGGCCCAGCUGUCAUCUCUCCUCCAAGGGAAGGACCACAUCCAGAGCAGUUGCAGCUUUACAGAGCAGGCUCUCAGCCAUGGGAGCGCUACUGAGGUGCUGCUAGUUCAGAAGCAGAUGAGUGAGCGGGUCACAGCACUGGCCAGACAUGAUUUCCCAGAGAAACCACAUCAGAAUGCACAUCUGGAAUGUCAGGUUGAAACUGAAGGUCUGCGACGCUCCAUCCAGAACCUGGGAGUUCUCCUCACCACCUCUGCUGUGGCUCACACAUCCGUUGCCACGGGAGAGGGCCUCCGCCACGCAGCAACUGGGCAACACCAUACGAUUACUGUGACAACAAAAGACAAAGAUGGAGAGCUGGUGCGGACAGGAAAUGCUGUUUUAAAAGCAGAGAUAACAUCUGCUGAUGGGAGCCGCAUGACAGAGGCAGAUGUAGCGGACAAUAAGAAUGGGACAUAUGAGGUGGGCUACACAUUACGAGUGGAGGGAGAGUACUCUUUCGCUCUGGUGCUGUACGGACAGCCCAUACGAGGCAGCCCGUUCCGGCUUCGGGCGAUCAAGCCCUCCGAUGUGCCACAAUCUCCGGAUGACGUGAAGAGGAGGGUGAAGUCUCCCAGCGGCACGGGUGGCCACAUACGGCAGAAAGCAGUGCGUCGGCCUUCCAGCAUGUACAGCACCACCAAGAAAAAGGAGAAUCCCAUUGAGGACGAGCUCAUCUACAGAGUGGGUUCCCGGGGCAGAGAAAAAGGAGAGUUUACAAAUCUGCAGGGAAUCUCAGCCUCUUGUAACGGCAGAGUUGUGGUGGCCGACAGCAACAACCAGUGCAUACAGAUAUUCUCCAACGACGGCCAGUUCAAGAUGCGCUUUGGGGUCAGAGGUAGGUCCCCGGGACAACUGCAGAGGCCGACAGGCGUCACCGUGGACAUGAACGGUGACAUUGUGGUGGCAGACUAUGACAAUCGAUGGGUCAGCAUCUUCUCGUCUGACGGCAAAUUUAAGAAUAAGAUCGGGGCAGGCCGGCUCAUGGGUCCUAAGGGUGUCGCCGUGGACAAGAAUGGACACAUCAUCACUGUGGACAACAAGGCAUGCUGUGUCUUCAUCUUUCAAUCCAAUGGGAAGUUGGUGACUAAGUUUGGCGGCAGGGGGACGUCAGACAGACAGUUUGCAGAAAAACUUGGCCCAUACUUUAAUAAAUCUGGCUCAGUGUUCAGUCCGCACUUUGUUGCAGUGAACAACAAGAAUGAAAUCAUUGUCACUGAUUUCCACAAUCACUCUGUGAAGGUGUACAACGCAGAUGGAGAGUUCUUGUUCAAAUUUGGCUCUCAUGGUGAAGGCAACGGCCAGUUCAACGCUCCCACUGGUGUGGCUGCGGACGCCAAUGGAAACAUCAUUGUAGCUGACUGGGGGAACAGCAGAAUACAGGUGUUUGACAGCGCAGGCUCCUUCUUAUCUUACAUCAACACCUCUGCAGACCCUCUGUACGGGCCCCAGGGCCUCGCUCUCACAUCAGAUGGACAUGUGGCUGUGGCCGACUCUGGAAACCACUGCUUUAAGGUUUACAGAUAUCUGCAGUAGGCUGAGGGAAAGCCGUACCCCUGCAAAGUUAACGUUGCAUACUGCUCAGGGACAUGGAGCUGCAACGUGCCUGCGUCCCAGUUUCCAGAAAUUAAUUUCAUUUUGUCUCUGAAUACUAAAGUUGAAGACAAAUAAAUCUGAGAAGAGAUGUUUACAUGAAAACCACCAAAAACACUAAAAUUAAAUUAUAAGCUAUUCAUCCCAAAUAAUAUGAGAGUAACCUUUCUGAAACAAUAGGCUAGACUUAAUAAAGAUUUAAAGGUCUCCUAUUAUGCUCUUUUAUGGCAUAUCGUAGAGGUCUCAAAUAUAUAUAAAAAACAUGUCUCAAGAACAUGUCUCUGACGUGUUUUGCUCAAAAUACCAAACAGAUCAUGCAUUUUAGCAUGUCCACUAUCCCUCUGUUUCAGCCCCGUUUUCGAAAGUACUGAUGCUGUGACUGUCGGUCUAAAUUUGAGCUGAGCUCAAGCUGCCCACGCCCCUUUGGAGCACUGCUCUGUCUGAAGAGAGAAGUUUCUAACGGAGAAACUCAGCUAAACGCUGCCUUGAUUAAAUGCCAUAUUAUGUUCCAAACCACAUCAAGCAUUGAUUCUGAAACACUUCUCAGUGUUUCCCACUAGAACAGAGACAUUAUAUGCAUUAUACAACAACUAUAAGUCCCUCCUGCAGACAUCCUGCACAGAGUCACAGAGGUGCUGCAGGGGGAUUCAGCUCGCUACUGUAUAUUGCGGACGAUAGGUUGGGACGUGUCACUAGGGCGGGACGUUGCCAGGAGUUCAACGUAAAGCCAGCCCACAUUUCCGAUAUGAUGUCAUAUCGGCAGCAAAUCUGAACAGCUCUUUUAUAUAUAUAUACCCCCCAUUUUUAGAGAUGUGGGUAAGGAGGAAAAGAGAGAGGGUUGUAUUUUCUGACACUUUGUGAGUCUCCUUACACACCAAGGACAUAUAUUUAUGUAUAAAAGACAGUAAAAAGUGCAUUCUGCAUAAUAGGGGACCUUUUAAGAAGAAGAAUUUUCACAAGGAUGAGGAAUAAAACAUCCAAUAAUUCCAUAUUUUUCUAUCUGAUCAUGGAUCUACUUGAGUGUUUUUGACAAAUUCCACUGGGGAAAAAUAACCUGUGAAUGAAGUUCUGGAACAAGGCGUUGCAGCUUUAUUUCUCUGUGAUGUUUGAUCUCACCGGUAGAAAUUCUGAAGUUGGUGGUGCACUGCAAUUUCUUUUGGGCAACACUCUCAGCAACCAGCAACCAAAGUGAGACACAGAAGCAGAAGUGUACUUCCUGUUUUCUGGUGCUGCUUUGUGUUUUUAGUAACAUGCUCAGGCCUCUCCUUGAACACUGUGGCAUGUCAGUGUGCUCCUAGAUAUGACCCUGUUGUCACUGCCUUUAAUUCUCAUCAGCAAACACAAGACGAACACAUGAUGUGUAUAAGAGUUGUUUCUUAUUUUUCUCCUGAAUUUAGACUUUUGUUUUCUUUUUAAGGCGUUAGAUUAGUUGACCUAUGUGCACUAUUGUGUUUUGGUACCUAAAGACGAGCAGCAAGAAGCACAACAUUUAAUAGAACAUGGGUUUUGAACACAAAAUCAAACAACUUUUUUUCUUCUAUUAAUCAAAACAAACUUCUUAUAUAGUUCUGUUUCCAUAUUUACAACCUAAUGUAGUUCUACAUACGGUAUGCAUAUUGAAGUGUACAUAUGGAUUGGGUGUCCAUGUUAUUUCUCUACUUAACCAAGUUAUUACAACACUUACACUGGAGCAUUAUACUUAUACACAGUUGAAGGUCAUGCCAGCUGAAUGGCUUGCUAACACUAAUAGAACUAAGUUGUAAACACAUUGUUUGCUGUAUGUUGUUUCUUCAAAAGACUUAAUUUAUUUUUUCUUUUCUUUUCUACAUAAUUUGUUCUACAAAUUAUUUUUCUAAUUGGUGCAUUUGAACUGUAUCCUAUUUGCCAAACAUUUUCGUACAUAGGCCUUGUGACAUGUAGCACUGAAAGCUGUUUCGCCUCUUCCCAGAGCUCAUGGAAAACAGUAACUUUUUCCUUCGGCCAGAACGUUUUGUGGUAAGUUGUUGAACAUUGCACAAGUAAAAAUAUUAUAAGAGUUAUAUCGUUUGCAAGAGUAAUAUAUGCCUCUGUGUAUAGUUAUCAUUAAACAUAAUCAGAAAGUGAACUGUAUAUUACAAUCACAUUCUUGUUGUAGCUGACAAGCACCUUUCAUCAUGGACUUUUCCACUAUUUGUUUUCAUUUUCUUGGUUGUUUCAGUUCAGUGUUCAAAAAGCUUUCUGUGCAUCUCCCUGAGAAACACAACAAAGCUAAAACCAGAACGUUUUUACCUGUAUUGUAUGAAUAAACUAUUUGAUCUAUAAUCCAGUCUUUCCAUCUGCAUUUCCACAUGUAUUUCUGAUUUGUUUGACUUUCCUUUUUCAUAAACAUGACCCCUGUGUUCCUAUGGUUUCAUUGUUGUCCUUUUUUCACCUGAAACUGUCACUGAUCAACACAUCUGUGAAAUAAAGGAAGCACAUACAGUGUAAACUAAUCAGUGCAUAAACCAUAUAGUGUGGCCUACUGUAUACUACGAGAGGCCUGUCUUACAAAAAGUAAUCACUACAUUUGUGUAUGAUGGCAAAGGUAUAAUUGUAAAUAUUAAAGUCAUAAACUAUGGAA